CAGCGGGAGGCCGUUGGCGGUGGCUGGGCUGGCGCGGCCGCCUUGGCCUCUGCGGCGGCUCCCGAGUGCCCGUGUCGCGGGGGCCGCGCCUGUGAGAUUUCAGGCUCAAAGACUUGUAGGAGUAUAGGAAGAGGAGCCUUGUAGAGGAGAUGUAGAGAAGACAUACAAGAUUAGGGAAAGAACUCAUUUUUCCAUCUUACUGAUGUAUGACAAGACCAAAGCUCUGUUUAAAAAUGAUACGAAGAAUGGAGUCUAAACCCUCAAGAAUUCCUCGAAGGGUAUCUGUUCAGGCCUCUAGCACUUCUCUAGGAUCUAGAACAUUAACUGGAAGCAGUUUAGCCGGUGCAUACGGUGCAAGAGAGUCUUCGCGGAGGUUAGAGCCUGGAUACCAGGAAUCAAGUGUAUUGAAUAGUUCCAGCAGAGACUGGGAGACUGGAGAAAGAGAGGCUCAUGAAACUCCUUGGAAGCUUACAACAUCCUCUCCAACUCACUACUCAGGGACGCUUGAUCAUCCACGGUCUGGAAGAUUUUUGGGAAGCAGAAACAGAUUGUCUAUACCUUCCUCCUCUCAUUUUACAUCUGUGUGUUAUGGUGAGUCGGAGAGAACUCAGGGAGCAUAUUCGAGACUGAAUAGCCAGCAGCGAGACAGCGAUUCAAAGAGACCAAAGCUAUCUUGCACGUCUACCUCUUCUCUGAGAAAUAAUGGCUUGAAUGCAGUUUCAGAUUCCUCCUGGAGGUAUAGUCGGAUUCCCAGGUCAUCAUCAGUGGUGCUUGGCUCUCUGGGAACUGAGCUGGUGAGAGAACGGAGAGAGUUAGAAAGAAGAACAGAUCUGUCUGUUAAUAAUUUGGUGGAUCACAGCCACAGAAACAGUGACUUCUCAUCUUCAACAUAUCUUCACGACAGGCCUGCCUCUUCAUAUGCACAGGGAGCAAGACCAAAAGAAAAUUCAUUAAGCACUUUGAGGCUGAACGCAUCCAUGAACCGCCAGUUGCCUUCUGAUCAUCAGCCAUCGUUUUUCAACAGAGACUCUCAUAUGAGCUCUUCAAGAUCCAGCUAUCCUUCAAGACAAAGGAGAAGUGGAAUGGAAUCUCCCCAGAGGAGCAUGCAGUCAGAAUGUUCUCAUACUACCAUUAGAGAUGAAACUCCUUCCUCAGAUGGUUCUGAAAGGGUUUUAUCCACUCAGAGGUCACUGAAUGGGCCUGCAGCUGAUAGUGAAGGAAGACGCACAACCAGACAGCUGCUGUCUCGUUUAGCGUCUAGCAUGUCAUCUACGUUUUUCUCACGAAGGUCUAGCCAAGACUCGUUGCCUACAAGAUCAUUAGGCUCUGAGGAAUCAUGUGUUGUUCCAAGAGUUCAAGCUUCUGCUCUGUCUAGCACUAAUGCAGCUGCAGCUCCUGAAGUUCCAGGACUUCAGACAUCUGAAGCUUCUCAGGGAUUUAGUUUUCUUAGACGAAGAUGGGGUUUAUCAGGAGUUUCACAAAAUCAUGACUCUGAUGGGGAAAGUUACAGACCAGACUCUGAAAGUAGGAGCACAGGAUCCUGGUUAUCGUCAUCUUUGAGGAACAGAUGUACACCUCUCUUCUCUAGAAGGAGGAGAGAAGGAAGAGAUGAAUCUGCAAGGAUCUCUACCUCUGAUGCACCUACUAGAUCACAACAUCUCUUCAGAAGGAGAGAGUCAGGUGAGGAGACCUCUCUUGAAGCAUCAGAUAGCCCUCGUAGGGCUUCUGUUAACAGACCACCAACACCUGCAGUAUCUGGUAUCUCUACAGCUGCUGCCUCCCCACCAGAUUCAACUCACAGUAGGAGAAGCUCUGGAAUUCUGCCUAGUUCUCUCUUUCGCUUUGCAGUGCCUCCAACAUUAGGAAGCAGUCUGUCUGACAAUCUUAUGAUAACUGUAGAUAUUAUUCCCUCUGGCUGGAAUCAGUCUGAUGGACAAGAAAGUGACAAGGCUAAAGUACCACCUUCAAGAGAUCCAGAAAGACUCCAGAAAAUUAAAGAGAGCCUGCUUUUAGAAGAUUCUGAAGAUGAAGAGGGUGACUUGUGCAGAAUCUGUCAGAUGUCUUCUGCAAGUUCUAACAACCUUUUGAUAGAGCCAUGCAAAUGCACUGGAAGUCUGCAAUAUGUUCACCAAGAGUGCAUGAAAAAAUGGCUGCAGUCCAAGAUUAAUUCAGGUUCUUCUUUGGAAGCAGUAACUACUUGUGAAUUGUGUAAAGAGAAGUUGCAUCUUAAUCUUGAAGACUUUGAUAUUCAUGAACUCUAUAGGGCACAUGCAAAUGAACAAGCAGACUAUGAAUUCAUCAGCUCUGGUCUCUACCUUGUAGUGUUGUUACACUUAUGUGAACAGCGCUUUUCAGAUAUGCUAGGAACCGCAAGUGAGGCCAGCACACGUGUCAGAUUUAUUAACCUUGCAAGAACUCUUCAGGCACAUAUGGAAGAUAUUGAAAGUAGGUGUUUCUCCCCCACCCCUGUAGAUUCACUCAAAGUUAAAUGGAUACAGUUCUCUCUGCCAAGAUUCAUACUACCAAAUUUAGUUGCUGAUAAAUUGACUUUGCCCAGCAGAACUUUUUACAGUUUCAGUAGAAUUAUUUUGGGGGAGAACUGAUUUAAUUUUCCAUGAUUGAUUUCCCAGCAGGAGAAGGGAUUGGGGAAGCAUCUUCUGCAAGUGAUACCAAGAUUCCUCACUAGUUACAGUUUGGUUAUUUUAGUUCUAGUAUUACAUAGUUAUGGAACUGCUGGUGACCUUCAGGCUAUAACAUUUCACAAGUUGUAGUAGGAGGGCAAUGUUUUGGAUUGGAUUGGACGGCACUUAAUUAUCAUAUCCCUUGGAAUUACCCACUUUUUGAAUCAAAUUCAGCAGUUGCCAACUUCGGCAAAACACUAGCCUACUUUUCACUGUACGAGUCCUUCAUUGCGGUUAAAUUCUCAGUUCCUGAACAUUAUGAAUAGGCAAUGGAAGGGUACCUUUGCCUACUUCUUUUUCUAGUGCAUUUGUGUUUGUCCCCCCCAAAAGGCGAAAUUUACAUAUGAAUUGAUCUUUCAGUCCAUAAGACUUUGUUUUCAGAGUAGAACAGGAAGUGUUGUCAAAAGAAGUUUUCCUUUAGUUUAAGCAGAUGAUUAUUUCUAUAUUCAGGGCAUUAGGUAGCUACUUUUUUAAUAAUAAAGGUGGAUUGUGGAGGUGAGAAUUAAUUCCUUAGGUGUGUGCUUCUUUGUCUUCCUCAUUAAUUUUAAUGAGUGGUGUUUCACACAGUAGUUAGAUCUAUGUAUAGUAAAGGCUUUACCUAACUUGCAGGUGAGGAAUACUGAAUUAAAAUUUAUUCUUGACACUAUUUUAGUUAAAAUUCCUUUUUAAGAAGCAUUUUUGGGGGAAUGCAGAAGUGACAAGACAGACGAUACAUCCCUCUUUAUGUUGAGUUGGACUUUGAGAUUGACUCUUGGGUGAAAAUAGUUUAUUGGCAACAGUUUGCUCAAGAGAACAGGUAAAAUUCCUGUUACACACAAGAUAUCUACAAUAAGUUUGUCAUGUGUUGUUUGUGCUGACUUUUUAUCACAGUUGACAAGUGUGUAUUUGUUUUUAAGUUGUCUUACAAGGAAAUCUUGUGCAUACUUAGGAUUCAUGUUCAUUUUCCAUACACUGAAAGAAGGGGGGUGGGGAGAGGAGCAUCUACUUCAAAGACUGAUUUUAAUUGUAUUAAACAAUAUAUAUUUUUAAUAGUUAUUCUGUUUUAGAAUACUGAACAUUUCUAGAUACCUGAGUAUGCAAGUAGUUAACUCUGAGUCAUGUUUUUCGCUUGGGUUGGGUGCAGCUGUCAUGGAUUGUAUAUACUCUCCUGUUACUACUGCUGGAAUUAGUCACUUGUAAGAAUUACAUAAAAGUUGAGUCUCUGGCAUAAUCACAUGUUCUUUUAUUUUAUGCUGAGGAAGAACAGCAGGGCACUGCAGCUGGUAGUUGAGUUCAGUUUUAAAAUGCUACAUUUUUAGUCAUGAAAGAUAUUUAAAAUUUAAGCAAGAUAAUAUUAAAAUUCUGUCGGGUUUUUUGAUAAUCUGUUACUGGCAUUAUAAAAUUACCUUUAUUUCUACUACUCAUUCUGUAUUA